AUGUCGAAAGUUCUCCCAAACCGGCCGUCCUACGCUGAAUCUUCCAUGCGGCAUUGGCAGAAAAAGGGAAACACGAGCUCGCAUCCGGUGGUUUUUGACCGUCUACAGGAGCUCUCGGACUCGGACGAGGUGUACGAAGCUAUCGACAUUCUCAUUGCCGGAGCUGAUACCACCGCGUCAACUCUCACAACGGGGAUCUUUCAGAUUCUGUCAUGGCCAUCCAUCCACCACAAGCUACUGAAGGCAUUGGAAAAGGUUCAGUCUGAUGAACAUGGAGCUUUGCGUCUUGCAGAAUUGGAGAAAUGUGACUACCUAAACGCCGUGGUGAAAGAAUGCAUCCGAAUCGGAAUGGCUGUUCCUGGGAGACUGCCUCGAAAAGUUCCCGAGGGGGAUCCGUUCAUCGUCGACGGUAAAGUGGUUCCUCCGGGUGGCCCAGAUGCCCGUGUAUUCAACCCCGACCGAUGUUUAACACCCGACAGCAACAAGUUCGAACAAUGGAUAUACACCUUCUGCAAAGGGGCACGGAUGUGCAUUGGACAAAAUGUUGCUCCGGCUGAAAUCAUAUUGGUUCUUGGAUAUCUCUUCACGCGCUAUCAUCUGCAUUUGCUUAAGGAUGAUGCGGCGCCGUUGAGGCAGGAUGAUUUUACUUUGUCGUAUCCUGGAGGUUUGCAGAUUUCUUUUACUAAGAAGUAA